GUCGCGCUUCGAUCGCGGACAGACAGACACAAGUGGGCCGAAACUAAAGCGGAAGCAUGGCAGAAUUUCUGGAAGAUCCGUCGGUUCUCACGAAAGAUAAGUUGAAGAACGAGCUGACGGCCAACAAUGUGGCGCUGCCGAGCGGCGAGCAUAAGAAAGAAGUGUACGUUCAGCUCUAUCUGAAGAACUUGACGGUGCAGAACAGCAAGAAGAGCCCACCUGCAGACACCUUCUCCAGCGACGAGGAGCUGCCCACUCCGGUGGUCUCCAACAAAAGCCGAUCGGGAAGAAAGGCAACCAGAAAGACAGACAAGCCUCGCGUUGAGGUGGAGGUGACCGAACUCACUGACGAGGACCUAAAACUGCAACUAGCCAAGUAUGGAGUGGACUCGGGACCUAUUUUGGCGUCGACUCGGAAGCUGUACGAGAAGAAGCUGCAGAAGCUUCUGGACCAGCCUGCGUCCGAACCCGAGGUUCCCGCUGACGUCACAACCAUCCCCAAGGCUGACACCAACCAGAACGGCAACACAAACUCGGACCAGUACAGCGACAAAGAAGACGAGGAAGUCACCACAACUGAUCCAGAGCCAGUUCCUAUUGUGGAGAAGCUUGUGCGGAGUAGGGGGAAGACUCCGGUGACUGUCAGGACCAGCAGCAGACGACACACCAAGGUGGUGGAGGAGGACGUGGUCACUGAAGAGACUCCCAAGAAGAGCAGUGAGAGCGUUGUGGAGGACAUUUUGGCCAAUGAAAUCAACACACCAACAGGCAUCAGUGCGACCUGCAGGCGUCCGAUCCGUGGCGCAGCCGGCCGACCCGUGAAGCCCAGCGACUACUGGCUGGACGAGUCCCGCGUGCAGCACACCGUCCACACAGAGAGCCGCUCCUACUCCGAGUCCGUCUCCCGGGGAGUCCUCUCUGCCUCCUCUCUGGGCAAAGCGACGACCCGACGAGGCUUCCUGCCCCUCCUGCUCAAGCUUCUGCUCCUGGUGGCGGUCGGCGGCUCGCUCUUCUUUGCCUACCAAAACCUGGAUGAGGCUCACGUGAGCGCCCUCCAAGGCCUCGUCGACGGCAUCCACGUCCUGCUUCAGGGCGGCGUGGAGAGUGCCGCCGCCUACCUGGGCCUGGGCGGCAAGUAAAGGCGGUCUCUCGCCGUGGCCACGCCCACCUCCCUGCCACCACAACCACAUGCAACAAACUCAGUUCACCUUCUACCUUUUACUUUCUCCCGUCUGGUCGGACAAAGAAGUCACACUCAAUUGGGAACGUUGUUCCCGUGUGCAGAUUCCAGCUUUUCCUCUUCGUGUGCAGCAGGCAGGUGCACCCAAACAGUCGACGUCUGUUUGGCGGCAGCCGCAAGAGACUGAUUUUACAUGUCCGUUUUUAACCUGUGAACCGUCGUCUUCGUGUAUUGACCCCCUUGACCCCCCCCCAGUAGAAGAACGUGGAGAGGCCAGUUAUCCCCGCAUGGUUGUAGCUUUUCUUUGUGAUGUCCGUGUCUGUGUCUGCCAGGCGCUCAUCUUGCCAGCGAGGCGCCUGAACGCCACCUUCCCAAAGCACGACGCCGCGCCAUCACCAGAUUUGUCCUGAAGCGUCUGAGUUAGUAGCUAGCUAGCGUGUCUACAUGGUGCUCACCGCGGCGCACAGAUGGGAGCCUGGGCACUGUCUCGGAGCGGCGCAUCUUCGGCCAAGAGCGUCUUGAUCGCAGUCUCAUUCUGCAGCUCCUUUUUCCGUUUACAUUUGAUUCUUUGGCUUGUUUCUUUGCUCUGGUUUCAAUUAGAUUUCCUUCAGUCCUCAGUGCAGGACACGUGGUUUUUGUUGUCGUUUUUUUAACAGACACGUGCCCACAUAGCUCACCUCACUGCCAAACGCAAUCCCUCACAGACUUAGACUCCAUUUGAGACACCCUCAUCUGAACUCUACUUCUGCCUGAGCAAAUUAACCCCACGCUUUCAACUCUCACCUGGAGCCAGGGUGUGUUCACUGGGCGUGGGAAUAUAUAACAAGGCACCUCUUAGGAUUUUCAUAUUUUUCUAGCGUUUGACUUUUUAUAGCACUCCUAAAGAUUAAAUACAAUUAAAAAAAAAAAA